AUGGCGCUCGUGUCAGAGUUCCUGGGUCAGCUGACGCUGGCGUACGGCGAGGAGCCCGAGCCGAUGUAUCCCACUGUGACGGCCGUCCGAGACUUUGACCCGAUCGGCGACGCCGCACGACUGGAUGCAGCACUCAGGACCAAAGGUGUGGACGAGCAAAGUGUCAUCGACAUUCUGACGCGAAGGUCCUUCGAGCAGCGGCGAGAGAUCGCCUUCGAGUAUGAACGCCUCGCCAAGAAGGACCUCCAGACAGCAAUGAAGGGGGCGCUGUCAGGAUCUUUGGAAGCAUUGAUGCUGGGACUGAUGAAAAGCCCUACCCACUACAGCGCCCUGGAGCUCAAAGCUGCUGUCAAGGGUCUGGGAACCGACGAGGAGACGCUGAUCGAGAUCGUCUGUUCCCGAAACCGCCAAGAAAUGAAUGACAUCCAAAAAGUCUACCGAGAACUGUUUAAGAAAGAGCUGGAGAAAGACAUAGCAGGAGACACGUCGGGAGAUUUCGCAAAGCUGCUGCUCGCUCUCGUCCAGACCGAACGAGACCGACCUUCCAACGUGGUGGACUACGAGAAGAUUAACCACGACGCCAAAAGCCUCUACGAUGCUGGCGUCAACCGCAAAGGAACCGACGUGGACGUGUGGAUCUCCAUCCUGACACAAAGGAGCGCCGCCCACCUACAGAGAGUUUUUGACCGCUACAACAGCUAUAGUCCAUACGACCUGAAGGAGAGCAUCCGAAAGGAGGUCAAAGGCGACCUGGAAAAGUCUUUCCUGACUCUUGUGGAGUGUUUAGAAAACAAGCAGGCGUACUUCGCCGACAGACUCAAUGAGGCCAUGAAGGGCAAAAGCGCCAAGGAGAAAGUCCUUACUCGUAUCCUAGUGUCUCGAUGCCAAGUGGACCUGAUGAAGAUCAGACGGGAGUUCAAGAAGCGACACGGCCGCUCGCUCUACCGCGCCAUCAGUGAGCACACCAAGGGCGACUACCAGAAGGCAUUGCUCAGUUUGUGCGGAGGUGACGACUGA